AAUAACGAGCAUUUCUGGGAUUUUUUCGGUCAUUUAGUUCCCAAAAUGUGCUAAUUGUUUCGAGAUAAGUUCAAAAAAAGCGAUAGGUAUUCUAGUAUAUAUAAAAAAUCAUCGCUCUGCUAAAUGCUUAAUGUCAAUCGCCAUGCAUUUCAGUCAAGUUCUUACCGUUUUUUGGCUAGUGGUAGCUGCUUCCCAAUAUGGGAAAGCAAUCGAUGUCGACUUGGCCAAGGGACUUGCAGGCACAGCUGCAGCAGCAGGAUUAGCAGGCACAGCUGCAGCAGCAGGACUUGCAGGCACAGCUGCAGCAGCAGGACUUGCUAAGGCAGGGCUUGCUACUGCUGCUUUAGCAGACGCAGGGGCAGCGGGGAUUGCUGGGGCAGCAGGGGCAGGCGGGCUGGCUGGAGCAGCCUUGGAGGCCAAGAAAGCACUAUUGGUGAAAGCUGCUCUGAUUAAGUUGAUCAAGGCCAAGCUAGCUGCUAACGGACUCAUUGGCAGUGAAGUUGUCUACUCCUCCAAGUAUGCACCCGUAAAUACUGUUCAAACAGUUGCAGUACCACAAGUUCAAACAGUUCAAGAAGUACCCAUUGCAGUUUCGUACGGUAAGGGCGACGCACUCGUUAAAGCCAAAGGCUUGAUUGCUCUACUAGCCAGUUUAGCUCUGGCCAAAGAAGGAAUUAAGAAGAUCAACGCAGUAAAGCAUACUGAAAUCAUACAACCAGUGGCGACAGUAGCACAACCAAUCUACGCAUCCGCACCGAUCGCAGGUACCUAUGCUCCUGACACUAUAAACACAUCUUGAUAAUUAUGCUUGUAGUUGCUGACAAAACAUGGUCAAUAGCUGGCGAGAAAAUCCUUAAGGGACUUCUAAUCAAGCUCGGUCUGGUUAGUGCAGGAGUUGCUGCAGAUGCAUUUAUCAAGAAGCUGGCCUUCGUUAAAGAUGCAGAGCUUCUCCCAUUACUUUUAACAGCAGGAUUGUUGGAUGAACGUGGUUGGAUCCCCGAUGCAUAUGUGAAGGACGGAGUCUCAUUCUGGGGUCAACUUUUACCGAACUUCUCAGAAGCAUCCAUAGUUAAGUUAUUAGGCAAUAUCGUAUACUAAUUAAUAGUUAAUGAAAAAGAAACUAGGAAACAAGGAACACUAGAACUUAACAAUCUGUUUUGAGAUCACUGAGUGGAAAUAAAAAACUUGAUAAAAUUGCAG